AUGGCGCAUCUCAACAAAUUAGCGAUAAGAGGCAUCCGGUCUUUUGACGACAAGAACAUCGCUGUCAUUGAGUUCUUCUCCCCCGUCACGGUUAUCGUCGGCCACAAUGGUAGCGGGAAGACGACGAUCAUCGAGUGCCUCAAGUACGCCACUACGGGCGACCAGCCGCCCAACACGCGGGGAGGCGCGUUCAUACACGACCCGAAGAUGGCGAACGAGAAGGAGGUGAAGGCGCAGGUGAAGCUCCGGUUCUACGCCGCGAACGGCGCGCGGAUGCUCGCCGUGCGGAACCUGUCCGUGACGAUGAAGAAGAACGGGGCGCUGACGAUGAAGACGCUCGAGAGCAUACUUGGGCUGGCGGAGAAUGUGGAAAAAGGGAGUGGCAAGCGAGGGGUCAUCUCUACAAAAUGCGCGGAGAUGGAUACGGAAAUACCGCAUUUACUCGGUGUCUCGAAAGCAGUCUUGGAGAAUGUCAUAUUUUGCCACCAGGAGGAUUCCUACUGGCCUCUGUCGGAGCCUGCGGCCCUCAAGAAGAAGUUCGACGACAUCUUCGAGGCCACCAAGUAUACAAAGGCCCUCGACAACAUCAAAGCCCUCCGUAAGGACCGCGUAGCUGAGCUCAAAGCCGAGACUGAGCGGCUGGAGUCCCUGGCGCGUGAAAAGGGCCACGCGGACAAACUCAAGGACCGUAUCACGGAGAUGAACGACAAGAUUGCUGCUCGUACUGCGGAAUAUGAGGAACUCAAGGCCGCUUACGACCAGCAAGUACGCUCCAACCAGAUCCUGAAUGACACCGGGAGCAAGUUCCGCGAAAUCUAUGUCAAAGUCGACCAGCUGAACCAACGGAAGGACCAGUACAAAGAGGAAUUGAACCUCGCCAAGGAGAACCUCCAGGAGAUUGAAGGAACCGAUGAUGAGCUUGCUGAGCGUGUGCGGACGCACGACGACUACAUCUUGAAUCAGAAGCAAAAGCGCAAGACCCAGGAGGGGCGUCUCGAGGAUGCGGAGGAUGCGAUUAGGGCCGCACGCGCCAGCCACGUCGAGCUAAUGAGCAAGCAGGGAGAGCUGCUCGCGGAAGAGAGGCUUGUUGACCAACGCAUGCUAGAGAGAGAUGAGCUCAUCCAUGACCUCGCCGCACGCUUCCACAUUAAGGGGUUCGAGCAGUCGUCCAUCAAGCGCGAAGAGGCGCAGCAGUUUAUCGCUGCUCUCAACGAUGUCAAACGCCGGCAACAUGCUGAGACGGAUAGAUUGCAGGUGGAAAGUCGGACACGGAACGAGGAGUACAACUUCAAGUCACGGCAACUGCACACAGACCUGGAGGGUCACAAACAGGAACGACGGAGUUUGCGCGAGCGGGUGUCGACCCUACAAGGGAGGAUCACUGGCGCCGAACGCGAAGUCGAUGCUGCACGGGCCCUUACGUCUCGGCUGGCGGAGCUCAAAGCCGAUAUCGAGGAGAAGCGCAAUAGGCUGGCAAGAGCACGGGAAGAGUUUGCGUCGGCCGGCUUCGAGGACAAAAUUCGGGAGGCGGUGUCGCAAAGUGCCAAGCUCAACGAAAGAAGAGACGACUUAAACGACGAGCUGCGCACAUUGAGCCUACAGGCGGACAGUAGAGCGAAGCUUGAGCUCCAGCGCACCCAGCUGAAGGCUAAGACUGGGGAGAUCAAGACAACCAUCGACUUGUGUAACGCCAAGUUCCGCAAGUUGGUUGGUGUGGAUGCACGGCCCGAGAAUAUGGAGCAAGAGCUGGACCGCGCAGCUCUUGAAAAGGAGCGAGAACAGAGCGAGCUGGAGGUGCAGUCGAGCAACGCGAGCAAGAACCUUCAGGCAGCCCAGGCUAGUUUGUCGAAUUUGAGGGCACAAGUCAGGGCUAAGCAAGACGAGAUCAAAAACCUCGACAAACGGAUACAGGCUGGUCUUAAGGAGGGUGAAUACGACGGUAGUGUAGAAGACGCGAUCGACGGUGCUACCAAGGAGAUCGGCAUCCGGAAUGAGGAUCUCGGGAAGUCCGCUGGAUCUCACGACGUUUACGAGCGGUUCCUCAAGACUGGAAGGUCAAAGAAGUGCUGUCCCCUUUGCGUGCGAGGUCUGGAUGACCGGGAGAUGGCAACUUUUGAAAAGAACAUCAUGGAGGCGUUGAAGAAGUCGACGCCACAAGCCAUCAAGGAGCUGCAGAAGGAGCUCCAAGACUGGGAGUCCGAGCUAAAGCGACUACAAGAUCUGGCUGUCCUCUCAGCGUCCAAGAAUAACGUUCAGACGGCCGAGCUUCCUUCGCUCGAGAAGCAGAUCAAGGUCAAGGAAGCGGAGAUCCCCGCAUUGACAACAGAGGCGGAAGAGGCUGCAGCGAAGCUAGCGGAGGUCUCUCGGGAUCUUAAGGAGAUUGCGGUCAUGCGCCAGCAUGCGGUUUCUGUGUCAAAGGCGCAGAAGGACAUUCAGCGGCUGAAGCAGGAUAUUGCGGCCCUCGAGAGCGACCUCGUUGCCACCGGAUCGACGAAGACCGCAGAUGACGUACAGCGCGAGCUCGACCAAGUCAAAGACGAGCUGAAGGCGAGCGAUCGCAGGAAGGACAAUCUCAUCCAGGACCGCGAGGGCAAGAAUGCGGUCCUCCGACAGCUCGAAGCCGACUUGCACAAGAAGGAGCUCGAGGAGAGCGAGUGCCGUAAUCAGCUCCGUGACAAGGACGAAUUGGAGCGGCGGAUCGAAGAAAUGAAGGCGGAGAUCGCCACGGCUCAAAUCCGGCUGAAGGACCUCGAUACCAAGAUUGCGGAGGCGCAGGAGCCAAUCGAGAAGCUCGAGAGGGAGCACAAGGAGUUGGAACGGGAACUCAACGCCAAGAUCUUGCAGGCACAGAAGGCCUCUCAAGAGCUCAACAUGGGCGCCGACAAGCUAGAGAGUCAGAACAAGUGGUUGUAUAGGAAUAGCAAGGAGAAGAUUGGUCAACGUGUCAGGGAACUCAAUGAGCUCAUCGACGAGAAGGAGUUGGAAGUGCGGGAGCAAGCUCUGACGCUUGAGCAGAUCCGCGCGAAACUCGGCGAUAUCGACAAGGAGAUUAGCGAGGCAGCUGUAACGUUGGCCAAUCUGCGCGAGAAUAUCCGAUUCCGGAGAUUGAAGCGCGACUUGGCCGCCACGGAGGCGGAGCUAGAUGCCAUUGAUAUGGAGGAAGCGGCGAAGGCGAAGCGCAUAUGGACCGAGAAGUGGAACGUGGAGAAGCAGAAGGAGACUGAGCUGCAGACGAAGUACGCACACAUCGGUGGAGAGGUCAGUUCUCUGAAGGCGCAGCUGAAGACGUUAGAGGGCGACAUGGCGGACUUCAAGAACGUCAACAAGAAGUAUAGAGACCAGCUCAUCAAGGUCAAGAUGUCCGACAUGGUAAACAACGACCUCGAGAAAUACGCCAAAGCCCUCGACAACGCUAUCAUGAAGUACCAUUCGCUCAAGAUGGAGGAACUGAACGAUACCAUGCGGCACCUAUGGAAUAAGACAUAUCAGGGGACAGAUAUCGACGGCAUCAAGAUAUGUUCCGAUAGUGAAGGUGGCGCAACGAAACGCUCUUACAACUACCGAGUGGUCAUGACGAAGGACCAGGUUGAGAUGGAUAUGCGUGGGCGCUGCUCAGCUGGCCAGAAGAUGCUGGCCUCUAUUAUCAUCCGCCUCGCGCUCGCGGACUCAUUCGGGCAAAACUGCGGUAUCUUGGCGUUAGACGAGCCAACAAACGCUCUUGAUACGGAAAAUAUUGACGCUCUCGCGGCCAGCCUUGUCGAUAUAAUCAACGAGCGCAGAGAUCACGCGAACUUCCAGCUUGUUAUCAUCACCCAUGACGAGAACUUCUUACGGAAGCUCGGCCAGAGCAAUGUGAUGGAAUACUAUUGGCGCGUUUCGAGGGAUUCUCGACAAAAAUCGAUCAUCGAGCGACAUAGAUUCGGUUAGUUCCCGGAUUGUCGUCGGUGUGGAGCCUAUUGCUGGAUUCAGUUACUGUCAUGUCUGCCAUGUUUCUCCCGACUAGGUGUUACUUCGCAGUUAGAUCGCCUGCUUGGUGCAAUC